GGGGGGGAUAAGGGUCGGCCGUGGAGAAUAAGGGUGGGCCGUGGAGCUUCCGCCGGGCGGUGCGGCCAUGGCAGCAGGUUCCUUCCGGAGGAGCAUUGCUUCCCAGCUUUCAAAAGUUUUGGAUGUGCCACCAGAGAAUUUAAUAAAGUCCAUAUCUGCAGUUCCUGUCUCCAAAAAACGGUAUGUUGCUGAUUUCCAGCUCUCCAUUGCUUCUGUAAUAGAAAACAGUUCUAGUGAUUGCUUAGAACAUCUUCAAGCUCAGCAGCUUGCUGAAAGGCUAAAAUGUGAUUCAGUAGUGAGUGAAAUCAGCGCUGGUCCAGGAACAGUGAAUUUUACAAUAAACAGGGAAUUAUUAGCAAAGACGGUGCUGCAGCAGGUGUGGAAAGAUGGCUCAGAGUAUGGAAUAAAAAGUGAACUUUUCUCUACAGUUCCCAGACAAAAGGCGGUGAUUGAGUUCAGCUCCCCUAAUAUUGCCAAAAAGUUUCACAUAGGACACCUGCGUUCCACCAUAGUAGGGAAUUUUAUAGCAAAUCUCAAAGCUGCGCUGGGACAUGAAGUAGUAAGAAUAAAUUACCUUGGUGACUGGGGCAUGCAGUUUGGCUUAUUGGGUGUUGGUUUCCAAUCCUUCGGCAACAAAGAAAAACUAAAAUCAAGUCCUUUGCAGCACCUUUUUGAGGUGUAUGUGCAGAUUAACAAAGCAGCAGAUGAAAACACAAAAAAGCUGGCUAAGGAUUUCUUUAGAAAACUCGAGGACCAUGAUGAGCAGACAUUGUCAAUUUGGAAGCAAUUUAGAGACCUCAGUAUUGAGGAAUACAUCCGGAUUUAUAAGCGUCUAGGAGUGCAUUUUGAUGAAUAUUCUGGAGAAUCAUUUUACCAAGAGAAGGCCCAGGAGGUUCUGAAGAUGCUGGAAGAUAAAGGAAUCCUUCAGAAAACAAUAAAAGGGACAGGAGUUGUGGAUCUCUCGGAGAAGAAAGACCUCUCAACAGUUUCCACCGUCAUGCGCAGUGAUGGGACAUCUCUUUAUAUAACAAGAGAUCUUGCAGCUGCUAUAGACAGAAUGAAUAAGCACAGCUGGGAUACCAUGAUUUAUGUGACAGAUAAAAGCCAAAGUAAUCACUUUCAACAUUUAUUCCAAAUACUGAAGCUCAUGGGUUAUGACUGGGCAGAAAGGUGCCAGCAUGUGUCUUUUGGUCUAGUUCAAGGCAUGAAGACUCGGAGAGGAGAAGUAAUUUUUCUGGAAGAUGUUUUAAAUGAAGUUCGCUCAAGGAUGUUACAAAACAUGACUUCCACAAAAACAACCAAAGAGGUCCAGGAUCCUGUGGAGACAGCAGAGAAGGUUGGUCUUGCAGCACUCAUAAUUCAGGACUUCCGGGGCCUUCUGUCAUCUGAUUACCAGUUUAGCUGGGAUCGAGCUCUCCAGAGUCGGGGAGAUACAGGAGUGUUCUUGCAGUACACCCAUGCCAGACUCCAUAGUUUAGAACAGAUGCAUGGGAAUGCAGAGCUAACUGAUGUAAAUGUGGCGUGCUUACAAGAGCCAGAUGCCAUCUCUGUUCUUCAGCAUCUUCUCAGGUAUGAUGAGGUCCUAUAUAGAUCUUCUCAAGAUCUGCAACCCAAGCACAUUGUCAGCUACCUCCUCACACUGAGCCACCUGGCCGCCGUGGCACACAAAACCCUUCCCGUGAAAGGCAGCACCCCCGACGUGGCACAGGCACGGCUCUGUCUCUUCCAUGCUGCACGCUCCGUUCUAGCCAAUGGAAUGAAACUUCUUGGCAUUACACCCGUAACUGAAAUGUAACAAGGCCGUAUCCAAUGUCAAGUGAUUUUGUAAAAGUGACUUAGUAAAGACUUGUAAAAAUUUUGUAAAAAUCACUUAGUAAAGUGAUUUUUGUCCACAAUGAUAAGAAUAUUGUCCUGUGUGUCACUGCUACUGCAGGUUGGAAACU